CACAGUAAACAAACACACAGUAAACACACAGUAAAUAAACACACAGUAAAUAAACACACAGUAAAUAAACACACAGUAAAUAAACACACAGCCGCUGUGUUAAUCAGCCUCACAUGGAUCAUUGGAUUCUCCAUCCCGCCGAUGAUGGGAUGGAGGAAGCCUGAGGACCCCAACGCAUGCUCCAUCAGGCAGGAUCCAGUGUACACCGUCUACUCCACCUUUGGUGCUUUCUACCUCCCGCUCGUCAUCAUGCUCGUACUUUACAGACACAUUUUUAGAGCUGCCAGAUUUCGCAUCCGGAAAAACUUUGGGAAGAGUCGGAGGGUGUCGGCUAGGAUCCCAGACCAUGAUGAGAUCUCAGUGAACAUCAGCACCGGUGGAGCUACAAAACCCAAGACAGAGUUGAUGGACCUGAGAGCAGAGAACUGUAAGCGUCACUUCCUGUCGCUCUCCAACAUCUCACUUUUUGAGCAAAAGAACUGGAGGAGUUUGGACAGGAAGAGAAAAGCAGCUCUGGCACGAGAGCGAAGGCGGUGAAGACGCUCGGCAUCGUCAUGGGGACCUUCAUCCUGUGCUGGCUGCCUUUCUUCAUGGUGGCAUUAGUGCUGCCUUUCUGUAAGUCAGGAUGCUCGAUGCCCGACUGACUCGGAUACUCCAACCCCCUCCUCAACCCCGUCAGCUACGCCUACUUCAAUAAAGACUUCCAGAACACGUUCAAGAAAAUUGUAAGAUGUAAAUGUGUUAGGCCGCGAUGCUCGGCGUCCCAUUACUGUACUGCUGAAAGGGAUUGUGGGUAAGUAGAUUCUCAUUCUGCAGGGUUCAGGUUUAAAACCCCCAGUAGUAGUGUGUGUGUUUUAAAUGAACCUACAUAAAGACUGUAACACAUUAUUAACACUAACCCUGUUCAUUAACACAUUAUUAACACUAACCCUGUUCAUUAACACAUUAUUAACACUAACCCUGUUCAUUAACACAUUAUUAACACUAACCCUGUUCAUUAAUACAAACCCUGUUCAUUAACACAUUAUUAACACUAACCCUGUUCAUUAACACAUUAUUAACACUAACCCUGUUCAUUAACACAUGAUUAACACUAACCCUGUUCAUUAACACAUUAUUAACACUAACCCUGUUCAUUAACACAUGAUUAACACUAACCCUGUUCAUUAACACAUUAUUAACACUAACCCUGUUCAUUAAUACAAACCCUGUUCAUUAACACAUUAUUAACACUAACCCUGUUCAUUAGCACAUUAUUAACACUAACCCUGUUCAUUAACACAUGAUUAACACUAACCCUGUUCAUUAGCACAUUAUUAACACUAACCCUGUUCAUUAACACAUGAUUAACACUAACCCUGUUGUUAGACCAAUAUAAAUAGCUCUAAACUGUUACACUGCUAAUGGGGCAAAGAUGAAAUUCAUUAACAUUAAUAUUAAUCUCAGAAUACACAUUUAUAAUAAAUAAUUUAUUAAACCCUAAAAGUCUCAGUUUUCCCUCUGAGGAGCAUCAGGUCAAUUACACAGGAUUAGAACCUUUAGUGCUUCAGCGGCUCUUCGUCAUGUUGAACAAAGUCACAUGACCUGAUGUCAUCAAACUGACCUGAUGUCAUCAAACUGAACUGAUGUCAUCAAACUGACCUGAUGUCAUCAAACUGACCUGAUGUCAUCAAGCUGACCUGAUGUCAUCAAACUGACCUGAUGUCAUCAAGCUGACCUGAUGUCAUCAAGCUGACCUGAUGUCAUCAAACUGACCUGAUGUCAUCAAACUGACCUGAUGUCAUCAAACUGACCUGAUGUCAUCAAGCUGACCUGAUGUCAUCAAACUGACCUGAUGUCAUCAAGCUGACCUGAUGUCAUCAAACUGACCUGAUGUCAUCAAACUGACCUGAUGUCAUAGAACUGACCUGAUGUCAUCAAGCUGAACUGAUGUCAUCAAACUGACCUGAUGUCAUCAAACUGACCUAGGGUCAAUUACUUUGUUGAUUACUUUUAACAGAAGAGCAUAGGGACUGGAAUGAGGGGUAUGGGGAGUACUGA